AUGGCAGAUUCGGAACAUAGUUGUCGUAUAUGUCGAGGCGAAGCCACUGCGUCACAGCCCUUGUACUAUCCUUGUAAAUGUCGAGGAUCGAUCAAGUAUAUACAUCAAGAUUGUCUUCUUGAGUGGCUCAAACAUUCAAACAAGUCGAGAAACGAAAAAUGCGACAUUUGUGAUACACCGUACCGUUUCAAGUUGAUAUUUGAUCCAAAUAUGCCGAGAAAGAUCCCGUUGCGUCUAGUAUGGCAGAAGUUUAUUCAAAUCAUAUCGUCUACCGUGGUAAAGAGCAUCAGUAUCUCAUUGUAUAUACUAUGCAUUUUCAUCCAAGUACCGAUAUUCUGGAAGUUUUGUGGAAGAAUGUACACAUGGGCCAUCGAUGGCAGUUUCCCGGCAAACAACCCCCAAUUCUUGAAUGCUUUGCUUUUUGGUGAGUAUGACAUACUGGCGGCGUUGGCAGAUCUGGCUACACCAAUGCUCAAAUCUUUGGUCCAGUUGAAGGUGUUUUUUAGCUAUACUUAUUUCAGUGGCUUGAGGUACUUGAUAAUUGCAUUGAUUAUACACGUUGCAUUGUUUGUAGAGAGAGAAUGGGUUAUACGCGAUGAGGGGUAUUUGAAAAUGCUAAACAAAAGGAUCGGCAAAGAGCCCAAGACUAGAUUGGUCGAUAUGUUGCAAAAUGCAUUGGAGGGGUUGAGAAAUCAAGAAAGAAAUGGUGGAGAAGCAAGAGCACAAGUCGAACCGGCUUCAAACAUUAGAAGAUUGGAUUAUUUGACUAGAGCAAUCGAUGAAUUACAAAAUCAAGGCGAUCAAGCUAACAUGGAGAUUGAAGAAAAUUUGAGAAGAGCAAUAAACCGCGGAGAGUUGUUUAAUGCAGAUGAGGAAAAUCGGCAGCAGCAGCAGCAGCAGCAGCAAGAACAAGAACAACAACAACCGCUGCUGCAACAACAACAACAACAACAACAACAACUGUUGCUGCAACAACAAGAACAAGAACAAUUUCUGCUGCAACAACAAUUUCUGCUGCAACAGCGGCAGGAGGAAGAAGAAGAAGAAGAAGCCAACGUGCAUUAUAAUCAUCGUCCAGAAAACGAUGUAGAAGUGUUGAAUAACGAUGAAAGAGAAGUUCAUGAAGCGGAACAGGCAAUAGCGCAGCGUAGGAAUCGUUUGCUUGAAAAUCUUGUUUUUGGUGAUGACGCAUUAGUCGAAGAAGAAGAAGAAGAAGAAGAAGAAGAUGAUGAUGAUGUACGGGUGCGCCAAGAAGAAGGGGAUGAAGAUGAUGAAGAUGGCGAGCCAGGUGAGCAAAUUGAUGGCGAACAUGGCAAUAAUGGUGCCAUUGGUGAUUUUUUGGAAAUUUUUGGAUUUACCUUGAAUAUCAAAACGCCAUUAUUUCUCAUGGUUUUAUGCGACUCUAUAAUUUCUGCAUAUUUGUUCUUCAUUUACGUGAUUCCGCACAUAUUGGGAAAUGUUUUUGUUUAUGUUACCGGGAUUCUUCUUAAGGUAGUGGGCGGUUGGAUACCAGAAAUACCCAUUUUUACAUUCAAGACUAAUUACAAACAUAUUGAUGCCUUAUACUCGUUGCUUGUUGAGUACAUCGUUAAUCCAAGUCUUUCCACAUUUAGUAAUAUAUUUUUUAGAACUACACAGCAAUACAUUGUACUAGAAAGGUUCUUGAUACUUGGAAUUGGCUAUAGUCUCAUUUGUGGUGCAAUUUACAGAAUUAUGAAUUUAUUGAUUUCCGGAACCAAACCAAUCACUGGAACUUCGAGAAGAGCUUACAAAAUUCUUUUUGAGAUAAGCUCCACUGCUAAAGUUUUCAUCAUUUUUGGGAUCGAAAUAUUUAUCUUUCCAUUGUAUUGUGGAUACUUGAUCGAUUUUUGUUUAGCUCCAAUAACAAGCCAGAAACUGUUGCUAUCAACUUCAUCAAGCGAAUUCAUUCAAUUGCAAUGGUUGAGGAUGCUAUUCCACUGGGCAUGUGGUACCGCAUACAUGUUGGCCUUUGCUUUGUUUAUUGGUAUGGUGCGAUCCAAAAUAUUACGUCCCGGUGUGCUAUUUUUCAUUCGAUCUCCUGAUGAUCAAAACGCAAGAUUGAUACAUGAUGCCCUAAUCAAACCAAUGAGGUUGCAAUUGUCGCGAACAUACUUGAGUGCCAAGGUUUAUACUGCCUUUAUUCUUGUUGGAAUUGGUGGAGUCACCUGGGGCUUGAGAUUAUUGGUCACAUCACGUAACGGCCAGUAUAAUAUUCUUUUGCCAAUUCAGUUUUUCCCAAGAACAACGUUAUUUCUGUUAUCUGGUUUGAGCUCCUUAUUGAUUGAGAAGCAACCUAUCAUCACAAAGUAUGUGAAAAUGUAUUGGACUAGAGCUUUUGAGAUUAGUGCGCAUAAGUUGAGACUAUCACAUUUCAUUUUGGGAAAACCAAUUCUGCAUGAGAGGGGGUACAUUAUAUAUCGAAAUUGGAUUCAAAGACUAUAUGGGCUGGCUCGUCCUGAUUAUUCCCGCCCUGUCACUUAUUGGGAGGCACAAAAUAUUUUUCAAAGCAAUCCUUCAAUAAAUGCAUGCUUUGUCCCAGAUGGUAGCUAUGUGAGAGCACCAGAUAACGACACAGUUUCGAGAAAGUUUAUCAAAAAAUUAUUUGUUUCUGUUACUAAAGAUGACAAGCUAUUAGAGGAGAUCAAAGAGGAGGAAGAUUCAAAAAGAAAUGCACAUGAAAUAGCAAGUGACGACGAUGACGAAGACGAGGUCAACACUGAUGACGCGUAUACUGUUGUUUAUCAUCCGCCAAAUUUCAAACUUCGUUGUUUGGGAUUAAUACUCAUGCUCUGGGUGUUUUCAGUAAUACUCAUACUUUCCAUUGUUGCUAUUGCUUUACUCCUUGGCUGCAUCCCAACACACAUAUUUGUAUAUAUUUCCAACUUGGUCUUUCCAGGACUGAUGGGAACUUUUAAUUGGAAAUUAGCCGAUCUGCUAAGUUUGGUCAUUGGGCUCAUUGUGGAAAUAAAAAUACUUGACGAGCUAGAUAAAAGGUUUGAUGGUAGCAAUAAUAACAAUAACAACAACAACAACAACAACAACAACAAUAAUAAUAAUAUUAAUAGGAAUAAUGAUAAUGCUAAUGGUAAUGAAGCUGAAAUUGAAAUGAAUGUGGUGCAGCGUGUAUUUAAUGCGAAUGUAAGGUUUUUCAAUACAUCACCAUUAUGGUAUAUCUUGUUUGCUUUUUCGUGGACGUUUUGGAUUAUUUAUGUGCACAAAUAUUGUAUUGAUGAUAUUAUGAGCAAAUAUUGGGGUGUGUCCUUUUUCAAUCUAAGUUAUAGAGCAAUAUUUGUCCACUUUAUUGCUUCAUGGGGGACUGUACUACCAGCUUUGUAUUACACAGUGGGCAUUUAUCAAGUUGCGGAAUUCAGGAUUUCUUAUAUUUCGUUAAGGAGUGGUGUUUAUCAAAUUUUCUUAAAUGCUGUAUUUAUUAUAAUUGUCAAAUCAUUACUAAGGUUGUUUAUUGAUGAGGAUAUGCUGAGAUUAGCUUCGUUUUUGAUGCUAUUUAUUCUACAGUCCUGUGCUCGUGUUGUGAAAUUUUAUCUUGCAUUAAAUGACCAAGUGAGAAUGGAGAAAUUCGUCAAGGGAAGAGCCAUUGUUAAUGAGGAUGAGCAGUGA